AUGCGAGUAGAUAUUCAAUGCCUACGUGGCUUGGCAAUAUUCUUCGUACUAAUCUAUCACCUAUUUCCGUUAGUCUUUGUCAAUGGAUUCCUGGGAGUUGAUAUCUUCUUCGUAAUCUCCGGAUACCUCAUGGCUCGUAAUCUAAACCAUUUGAAAAUCCAUAAACUCGCCGAUAUAUUCCAAUUCUACUAUCGUCGCUUCCGUCGAAUCCUCCCACUCUACUAUUUGUUCAUCGCGAUCUCUCUGAUUUUCGUCCAUUUAUAUCUCGGAGAGUUUUGGUGGAAAGCGAACAGAAGGUACUCACUGGGAGCAUUGUUUCUGCUGCCAAAUCAACUUUUCAUCACGGACGCCGCAGAUUAUUUUCAUCAGUACCUCGCCGACGGCACCUCCAUAAACGCGUUCAUCCACACCUGGUCAUUAGGCGUCGAACUCCAAUUCUAUCUACUCGUCCCAUUCAUCUUCUUCGGUCUACAAUUCCUCAAAACUACCGUACUCCGACUAACCGCCGUCAUUUUGAUCACGUUAAUCGGAAUGUCUCUGUUUUUGAUGAUCAAUCCUCAAUUCGCAUUCAACUUUAUGCUUUUGAGACUUUGGCAAUUCGCUGCAGGCUUUACCGCCCUGUUUUGGAGGGAAUUCAAAUAUUUGAAAAAUUUGAAAAAAGCGGAGGAUCGGAAGACGAAGACAAGAAAUACAAUCUUCGAAAUCUCAUCUGAUGACGUGGCAACUUGCACUGUCACUAUAUUAUUCCUCUGUCUGGUACCAGCGAAAAUCGAUGAAAUGUGGCUCCGCCCAUUGAUUACUUUCGUGGCCGCCUUUAUUAUUUUUAUGGAGUCCGAAAAUUGUCAACUCUUGAAAUCAGAAUCUUUACGCUAUCUGGGGGAUAUUUCGUAUUCUGUCUACCUUGUACACUGGCCAAUUAUUGCAUUUUUCAUGAGCACUACAGUAACCAGUCAUAUUUAUUGCGUUGUUCUCACCUUUGUCAUAUCCAUCAUUCUCCACCACUUCUACGAGAAACAAUAUCUGAAACUCGACUUCAAAUCCGUCUUCCUUUUAAUAUUCCUUCUCAUCGUUUUCAAUGUCUCCAUCCAAUACAGUACCCGAAACCAUCAGUUCUGGAAGCCGAAAUUUCUUCCGAAAGUUCAAAAAAUUGUAGAUGAAAAUCAGGCACUUCUUCCGUUUAUUACGUCGUAUGAGAAGACGAAUGAGAGUUGUGUGGAGACGGCGUUUCAGGAGUUGUAUGACAAUGAUUAUGAGUUCACUUAUUGUCGAUAUCCGAAAGCCAAAGGACGCCUCUCCGUAAUGAUAAUUGGCAACAGCUAUACCAUAAACUUGAACGAACAUAUCCGCACACAAUUCCACCAUAAUUAUUCCGAGUGGAGAUAUCUCUGUAUUCGAGAUUCCAACGGUUUCUUCUGGGAACCCAGCGCCUAUCAUUCGAAAGCGUCGUUGGUGACAAUGAGGAAGCAAGUGGAGACUCAUAAACCGGAUGUUUUAUUCAUUGCCUCCAGAUAUUCACGGGGAAUAAAUCAACCAAUUCUAGAUGAAGAAAAGGAUGAAAUUGUGGAAAGAAUGAACGAUAACAUUGCGCUCUAUGAAAAAUACGUUCAAAAAAUCUAUAUCCUCGCACCUCAUCCCUCUUAUCCAUUGAACUUCAUGAAUGUCUUUUUACAACAUGUCACACGCAAGCCAUCGGAGUUGGAGACCCUUCAUUUGAAUAAAAUUGAAAUUGACGACUUCAUGACGAAUGCAAGAGAGAGAUUCAGCAAGAUCAAGUGCAACAAGUGCAAGGUGUUCGACCUAGGCAAGGUGUUCGUCGAGAACGACAAGUACCUAAGCUUCGAUCGGAAAACAAUGCUGUCCUUCAUGGAUAAUGGUGUCCAUUUGACUGGUCCAGCUGUCUCAAAAUGUGAUCAUAUAUUUGAAGAGAUUGCUCGGGAGGCUAUGGAGGAGACUAUUAUUAGAUGA